UUGCGGAAGCCAAAAAAUCAUCAAAUCCCAUUAGUUAAAAUUUAUUUUGUAUGUUUCCAUCUUCUUUUAAUUUUGGUCCUUUCCUUGCCUUCCAUUCUUCUAGUUUGUUAGAUCAGAUCCAUAGUCACUUAUUUUGACAAAAGGAAGAAAGAAAAAGGAGAGAGAUGAGAGAGAUUAUAAGCAUCCAUAUAGGGCAAGCUGGGAUUCAAGUUGGGAAUUCAUGCUGGGAGCUAUACUGUCUUGAACAUGGAAUCCACCCUGAUGGAAUGAUGCCCAGUGACAGCUCUGUGGGUGUGGCACAUGAUGCAUUCAACACUUUCUUCAGCGAAACGGGUUCAGGAAAGCAUGUUCCUAGAGCUGUCUUUGUUGAUCUGGAACCCACUGUUAUCGAUGAAGUUAGGACUGGCCCUUACCGACAACUUUUCCACCCUGAGCAGCUUAUUUCUGGCAAGGAAGAUGCUGCCAAUAAUUUUGCCAGAGGCCACUAUACAAUUGGUAAGGAAAUUGUCGAUCUCUGCCUUGAUCGAGUUAGGAAGUUAGCUGACAACUGCACUGGUUUGCAAGGCUUUCUGGUGUUUAAUGCUGUCGGAGGUGGAACUGGUUCUGGUCUGGGGUCUUUGUUGUUGGAGCGCUUGUCUGUAGAUUACGGAAAGAAGUCAAAGCUAGGGUUCACCAUCUAUCCUUCACCGCAAGUCUCAACAGCAGUUGUGGAGCCUUACAAUAGCGUUCUGUCCACUCAUUCCCUUCUUGAGCACACAGAUGUGGCUGUGCUCUUGGACAAUGAAGCUAUUUAUGACAUAUGCCGGAGAUCCCUUGAUAUUGAGAGGCCAACUUACACCAAUUUGAACCGAUUGAUAUCUCAAAUCAUAUCAUCCUUAACAACUUCUUUAAGGUUUGAUGGAGCCAUCAAUGUGGACAUUACAGAGUUCCAAACCAAUCUUGUUCCAUAUCCCCGCAUCCAUUUCAUGCUCUCUUCAUAUGCACCAGUUAUCUCAGCUGAGAAAGCAUACCAUGAGCAAUUAUCAGUUCCUGAGAUCACAAACGCAGUGUUUGAGCCUUCAAGCAUGAUGGCGAAGUGUGAUCCUAGGCAUGGGAAGUACAUGGCAUGCUGCCUCAUGUAUCGAGGAGAUGUUGUCCCCAAGGAUGUUAAUGCUGCUGUUGCUACUAUCAAAACCAAGAGGACUGUGCAGUUUGUUGACUGGUGCCCAACUGGCUUCAAAUGUGGUAUUAACUAUCAGCCCCCAACUGUUGUACCUGGAGGAGAUCUUGCUAAGGUGCAGCGAGCUGUUUGCAUGAUAAGCAAUAAUACAGCAGUUGCGGAGGUGUUCGCACGCAUUGACCACAAGUUUGAUCUCAUGUACUCGAAGAGAGCUUUUGUCCAUUGGUAUGUUGGUGAGGGCAUGGAAGAAGGUGAAUUCUCAGAAGCACGUGAGGACCUGGCUGCACUAGAGAAAGAUUAUGAAGAAGUUGGUGCUGAAGGUGUAGAUGAUGAAGAGGAAGGUGAAGACUAUUGAUGUACUUAUGCAAAAGCAUUUGCUUUGAAGAUCAAUUCAGUGUGUGAGCGUAUUCCCCCCCCCCCCCCCCCCCCCCCUUUUCCUUAUGUCCUUCCUAUCGUUCUGUCUUCUUGUGUAGAACUGUCUAUCUUCCUGUGUGCUGCAAGAUUGUCAAAUUCUGCCCAUCUGUCUUGAGUCUUUUUAUGCUAUGAAUGAAGUAAUAUUUAGGGUUGUGUUGCAUGUCAUUUUGUUAGAACUGUUUGUCUUUUACUUAUGAAAGAUGCUUCAUAAGAACAUAAGUAGCCAUAUAAUCUAUUAUUCUGUUUUCUUGUUUAGCACUGUCAUAUUUAUGGAUGAUGUCUGCCAAAUUAUGUCUACAAUCUCUGUAAAGC